AUGCCAUCCUCCAUCACAUGGUGCCUCCUCCUGCUGGCAGGCCUGUGCUGCCUGGUCUCCGGCUCUCUGUAUACAUCCAGCCAUGAUGAGCAACCACCACCCCUCCACAGCCUAGGCCGCAAACUGUCCAACUUCGCCUUCAGCCUGUACCGUGUACUGGCCGCUCAGUCCAACACCACCAACAUCUUGUUCCCCCCACUGAGCAUCGCUACCACCAUUGUGUUGAUCUCCCUGGGGGCCAAAGGUGACACUCACACCCAGAUCCUGCAGACCUUAGAUUUCAAUUGCAAGGACACAUUUGAGAUCUACAUAGGCUUACCACAUUUCGUCAACAGACUACACCAGCCACGCCAAUCAUUGCUGAUGAGCACCGACAAUAUACUAGUCAUUGAUAAAAAUCUGAAGAAAGUGGGUACAUUUUUAGUGGAUGCUAGAGAGCUGUUCCACCCAGAAGUCCUCCCCGUCGACUUCAGGAACACUAAGAAGCCAAGGAACAGAUCUCCGAGCAAAGGGAGGGAUGAUUGCGACGCUGGGCGCUCGAUCAAAGGAGACUUCCAAGUGGACGAGAAUGCCACCAUCACGGUGCCCAUGGUCAAACGCAUAGGUGAUUUUUUCCUGCACUGGACCUUUGAGCUCUCUUCCUUCGUCCUGCUGCAGCGUUACACAGGAAGUCUCUUCACCUUCCUGAUCGUGCCUGGCCCCGAGAGGAGUAUUCAUUGGCUGGGUGACCGUAUCACCGACAAGCACCUCUCCCUCUUCCUCAAACGCGUUAACUGA